AUGGCCCGCCAGCUCCUCUUCGCGCUUGCUCUUGCGAGCCCUUCCCUCGCUCUCCUUGACCAGUACAUCAACCGUGUGGAUGUCGUUCACGUCAACGUACAACACGUCGGUGCUGCUUUCCCCGUUGUCGGCGAUAUGAUCCAUGCCGCGGUAGACGAGGAGGAGGGCACCCAGGCCUGCGACGCGGCCGUUGGCAUCAUCGACGCCUGUGCCUCGGCCGGUGCCUUGGACGAGAAUGCUUCCGACGAGGACGCCGCGAGCUGCCUGUGCUGCAAUUCUGCCGUCCCCAUCAGCACCGCCUACGGAGUAUGCGCCGAAUACAUCUACAGCUCUGGAUCAGGAGCCGAGGCCACCUCGGCCUAUGAACUUGCUUCCGAAGUCUUUGUCAUGUGCUCGGCGGCUGGCAGUGGCCUCUGUGGUGGUGGUGGUGGUGGUGGUGGAAGCGGCGCUGCCACUAGGACUGCGCCCCCUGCUUCCGACAUUACUGCACCUGCCGCGUGUACCUCCAUGAUCAAUGUCCUCGAGUCGUGCGACCAGCAGGUCGGCCUUGAGACCGCCGCUCCGAGCGAUAUCCAAUCAUGCCUCUGCGGCGGCGGGUCCUUUGAGGACAACGCCAGCUCCUGCGCGGCUUUCGCUCGGACUGCGGCCACUGAGGAUUAUGAGAUCAUCUCUGCCCUGCAGUCUGUUUGCGACGAGGCCGCUGCUACUGCGACUUCCAGGAUCGCAUUCACCGCCGUGUCCAGCCGCAGCCUCGGUGCCGCCGGCAGUUCUCCCACGGGCGGUGCGACAGGGGCGGCGACCGGCUCCAGCAGGUCCGGCGCCAGCGGAACUAACAGUGCUGGUGCCGCCGGAGCGACUUCGAGGGCCUUGGCGGCGCCGGGCGGCCAAGUUCCGGGCGUCCUUACUUGGGCUGCCAAUCUGGCGACGUUCUUCCUGUCUUUCUUCCUGAUCUAA